AGAGAUGGCGUGUGUCGGCGCUGCUCGGACAGCCGGGGCCUAACGUGCACGCAGAGAGGACCCCGACCAUCCCCCGAUUUGCUGCAUAUUCUUCGGGUGUUUCCUCUUACUGUGUCCUCCACCGCUGCUGCUGCUGCCUCUAAGCUCUCCCCCCACCCCACCUCCCUGUGCGGGUGUCUGGGAGUUGGGCCCUUGGGGGUAGAGGGAAUCAACAUCGUGCUUCGCUGGGGAGCUGUGCAGAAUUAGCUAUGCCCUGCCCUGACAUCCUUUGACCGGCUGGAUUUCUCCAUUUCUGUCCACCUGCGCAGCGGAGGGCAACAUAGGAUGAAAAUCUGCAAUCAUGAUGCAAGGACUGAAAAACCGAACAAGGAAGGCCCUGGGCUUACGAAAGAGAGACAAGGAUACAGAUGCAGCGAGUUCACCUGACAAAGACGGAACUGGAAGUGGAAAGAAAGGAAAUAAAAAGGCCAAUGGAGCACCGAAUGGUUUCUAUGGGGAGAUUGACUGGGGCAGAUAUGCCUCUCCUGACGUGGAUGAGGAGGGCUUCAGCCUCCGGCCCGGCGACGAGGGCGAUGCAUCUUCCAAAGGAAAGCACUUUUUCUCCUCCAGCGACUCCGAAGACGACGAGGACAGCAAGAAAAAGUUCAAAAUCAAGAUCAAGCCACUGGUGUCAGACAGUGCCAAGUGUGUCCCUCCAUCUAUGGACGAGCUAAAAGCCUCAGUGGGAGGCCUGGCACUCUCUCCAUCUCUGAAGAGAAGUCCGAGACGCAGCCCGGGGCUGAUAAAAAGGAAUUUGUCUUGUGAAGAGAUUGCCAGACCCAGACGCUCCACCCCCACACCAAGUCCUGCCCCUGAGACGCCAAGUGAAAGGCUGUCGCAGAACGUUCCUUCCUUUUUUGGGCUGCCUUCAGAGACCAAAUAUGCCAGAUACGAUGUGGUCCCCACUGACGUAUGGGGAGAAUCAAGACCACCGUCAGAAUCACAGCUGAGCAGAAGUUUCCCAACAGGAGCUCCUCCUCCACUUCCUCCAAAAAACAUUCCAUCAAGAAGUCAUUAUGGCUAUCCUUCAGACUCUGCUGCUGAUCUACCCAAUGGAAGGGCAGCUCGCAGGUCUGCUCCCAUCUACCUGAACGUCCUGUCCCCCGCCUCUUACCGAGGCUCCCCUGGCCCUGACCUGGACGACGUGUUUGGCCCCAUGGACCUCACCCGCACCAGUGAGGACACAGUGUCACCCAGAUGGGUUACAUUCACCAAUGACAGACCCCCGCCACCUGAUGAACCCGCACCCCCUCCACCACCGGACUCUCCUCCUCCGGACACGCCCUCGUCCCCCCCCUCCACCUCUUGCCUCUCUCCAGGACCACCACCAAAUGAGCCCCCGCCUUCGCCUCCACCAUUUUCUCCUGGAUCUCCUCCUCCUUUCACGCCUCCGGAAUCACCCCCCUCCAUCGUGCUUGGACCUCCUCCUCCGGAUGAACCAGCCCCUCCCCUGCCUCCCGACUUCUCCCCAUCUAAUUCGCCCCCUGUAUGCUUUGACGAUGAGGCGAUCGAUGAGGAGGUGCUGCAGUUUGCGGAGUUCUCAUCGUCCCCUGCCCCCAUCAGCCCUGUGCCCCCUCUGCCAGCGGAGCGGAGGUCUCCUCGGACCGGAGUCACAUCCCCUUUGGUCCUGGGGGGUGUGGGGGGAAAGAGGACUCCAGAGGGAGCGUACCUGAGAGAUGAUAUCUCAGACUUUGUGGGUUCACCCAGAGAGCUGACACUGAGCUUCAGGGGCACGCCGCCUCCUCUCCCUCCAACCACCUACAGGUCUAUUAUGUCUUCCCCAGGACCCUACUCAGGCAGCGGCCCUUCGUCCCCAGCUCGUCCCGCCACGCCUCAGUCUCGAGGCAGUCCGGUCCCUCCGCCUCCUCCUCCUCGACCGUCCUCACGACCAAAGCUGCCUCCAGGGAAACCAAUCACAGACCUGUCUCGGCCCUUCAGUCCGCCGGUUUCAGGCAGCCCCCCACCUUUCGCCCCUCUGGCCCGGGCAGAAAGCUCUUCCUCCAUCUCCUCCAUCACCUUACAGAGUACAGCAUCCACUCCGACCUUAGGAAAGGACCUCAACAUGUCCUCAGCAGGAUGCUCCAGAGGACCCAGUCCGCUUACCAUGGGACCCCAGGACACUCUGCCAGUGGCAGCUGCCUUCACAGAAACCAUCAAUGCCUACUUUAAAGGCGCAGACCCCAGCAAAUGUGUUGUGAAGAUCACAGGGGAGAUGGUGCUGUCCUUCCCUGCGGGCAUCACCAGGCAUUUUGCCAGUCACCCAACUCAACCCAUCCUCACCUUCUGCAUUAACAACUACAGCCGACUGGAGCAGGUCCUCCCCAAUCCACAGCUGCUGUGCUGUGAUUCCACAACAGACAGUGUCGACACCAAGGAGUUCUGGGUGAAUAUGCCAAACCUGAUGAGCCAUCUGAAAAAAGUGGCUGAACAGAAGCCUCAGGCGACAUACUACAAUGUGGAUAUGAUCAAAUAUCAGGUGUCAGCAGAGGGGAUCCAGUCCACUCCUCUAAACUUGGCGGUGAGCUGGCGAGGCGAUGCCACCAACACAGACCUUAGAAUAGACUACAAAUACAACACAGAGGCCAUGGCCGCCCCCGUGCCACUACACAACAUUCAGUUCCUGGUUCCUGUUGAUGGAGGCAUGGCCAAACUCCAGGCAAUGAUCCCGCCCGCCACCUGGAAUCCAGAGCAGCAGACAAUACAGUGGAAAAUCCCCAGUCUCUCUCAUCGAUCUGAAAAUGGAGGAGUCGGGGCUCUUCUGGGCCGGUUCCAGAUGACAGAAGGUCCCUGUAAACCCUCACAGCUAUCAGUCCAGUUCAGCAGUGAGGGAUGCACUCUGUCAGGCUGCGACAUCCAGCUGGUUGGGACCGGCUACCGGCUAUCGCUGAUCAAGAAGAGAUUUGCUGCAGGGAAAUAUUUGGCGGAUAAUUAGUGGGACCUGUUUGUGAACGGAACCAAAAGAAUCAAUGGCUUUUGACUGUGAAGACUAUGGAUCCAUCCCAUGUUUAGUGCAUUUAAAACUUUAUCUUUAGCAACCGUUAGAAGUAAUGGUUGAAAUUUAACAGAAUAACAAAACACACACACAGAUGAUAUUUGACUUCAUAACAUCACAUUCAGUAGACUGACUGCUGCUGAGUUUAUGCAAGUGAAUACAAAUCAUUAGUUUUGUGCACACUUAUGGGCUUACAUGGAGUAAAACAUAGGGAAACCCUGAUUCUUUGUUCUUGUUGACAUAAUUGUGGAUU